AUGAUCCCAAUUGUUGCAAGCUCUGCCUUUAUAGAUUCAAUUCAAACAGCAUUUCAAGGAGUUGCCAGAGGAUGUGGUUGGCAGAAACUUGGUGCAUUCUUUAAUCUAGGAUCUUAUUAUUUUUUGGGCGUUCCUUUUGCAAUUGUGACAGCUUUUGUCCUCCACAUGAAAGGACAGGGGUUACUUUUAGGGAUCGUAUUAGCACUUAUUGUUCAAGUGGUGUGUUUUCUUGUGGUCACCUUACGCACAAAUUUGGAGAAAGAAGCAAAUAAGGCAGCAACAAGAGUAGGAGGCAGUAUAGUCCAAGUUGAGGAACUUCAGGGUAACCAAAAUGCUAAUACUGCUUGA